AUGAAUGUUGAAAACCCCAGGGAAAUGAGAGAGGAAAAUGGGGUGGUGACAGAACUAAUGGUUGCAGGAGUAACACAGGAUGAGGUAGAGAAGGAACUGAAAAUGAAUAGGGGCAAAGUUUUAGGGACAGACAACAUUCCUAUAGAAGCAUGGAUAAGCCAAGAAGAAGCAGGGGUUGGAUACUUGACAUCCCUAUUCAACAAAGUCCUUGCAGGAGAGAGAAUGCCAGAUGAGUGGAGAAAGAGCCCACUGAUACCCAUUUGCAAGAACAAAGGAGACGCGCAGGAUUGCGGGAGAAGUACCAAAGAUACCAUCUUUGCGCUACGAAUGUUGAUGGAAAAGUACAGAGAGGGACAAAGGCAAUUUGUUUGUGUGUUCAUGGAUUUGGAGAAGGCAUAUGAUAGAGUACCGAGAGAGGCACUGUGUCACUACAUCAUUGAGUCAUCAAUAUCGGAAGUGUAUGUAAGGGAGGCACAAGAUAUGUAUAAUGAUUUUAUGACAGCAGUGAGAAGUGUAGUGGCUACCACAGAAGGGGUUGAGAUGGAAGUUGGUUUGCAGCAGGGUAGACUGUUGAAGUUAAGUGUUGAUUUCCAAGCGCAACAAGAAACUUUGAAUGUAUCAAUGGCGCCGCCCGAACGUAAACGCAACAAGCACCAGAAACAGCAUGGAAUUUCUCUUAAACGAAAACGGAAGGAAGACAUUGUUCGCUAA